AUGGGUAAGUCCCUUAACAACCCGUUAGACUUCAAGAAUUGCAUUGCCUACCCAGGUUUAUUCAAUGCCCAUGAUCACUUGUUGGGAACUUACCUGCCACGUGUUGGAAGAGGUCCCUAUCUAAGCUGGAAACCAUGGGACGAUGAUCUUAAAACAUCUGACCUCUAUCAAGAACGAUCCAUGCUGACAAACGCACACAUUUACCAAAUAUCUUAUUAUCGCCAAAUUCUUUCUGGAGUCACCACCGUCUGCGAUCACAUUCCUCACAUUGUUCAUAAAGACUUCUUAGGUGGAUCAUUUGUUAGAAUUAUUAAAGAAUAUUGCUUGGCUCACGAAAUUUCUUCUUACGAAUUAAAAUGGGGAGAUGAUCACAAGGUUGAAAUUGAAAGAGCUAAGAAGAAAAACAUUCCUUUUAUCACUCAUUUGGAAGAGGGCUUUGAUGAAGAAUCUAAACAAGGUACAGAAAUCCUUCACAGGAAGAAAGGAAUUUUUAAAAACUCGGUAUUGGUUCACUGUGUUAGUUGUUCUUUAGAGGACAUCAAACUUAUUGCUAAACAGAAAGCAUCCAUGGUUUGGUGUCCCAACUCUAACUAUUACAUGUUCAAUCAAACCGCCAAGAUCAAAGACUUCAUUGAACAAGGGGUGAAUGUUUGCUUAGGUACCGACUCACCAAUGUCCGGAAGCGUAAACCUUUUUGCAGAACUGCAAUUCGCUCAAAAGACCUACCAAAAAUUGUACGGAAGUAAAAUUUCUCCCAAGUUGCUUUUUAAAAUGAUCACAAUCAAUCCAGCAAAAGCUUUUAGACUGGAUCAACAACUGGGCACAAUUGAAGAAGGCAAACUAGCUGAUAUCUUAAUUUUAAAAAAAUCCAAGGAGGUUGACCCUUACAAAAAAGUGGUGAACGCCAAUACGGAAGACAUCGAAAUGCUUUGGAAGGAAGGGGUGCCUCUUUAUUUCAAAGAGGAAUAUUAUUCUAAACUUCCCAAAGCAAUCUUACAGAAUUACGAAAAGGUUUGUCUAGAGUCUAAAGGAGGGAAAAUUACUGCCUAUCUUAUUGGGAAACCCCAUCUCCUUAAGAAGAAAAUUAACGAAAGUGUUAAUUUUAAAAAAGAACUUGAGUUUAUUCCCAUAAUUUAA